CCUCUCCUAGCCUAUCUGACAACAAGUGGAUAAGAAGCGACAUGGUGAACAAUGAAUACCAGAAUUUAGCUUUAACCAGUCCCAGAUGUCACAGCAGAUGUAGGAAAGGAGACAAGGCGUGGGCCCUUUAAGCAGAACCAUAUGACGUAAUCGGGUCAGGGGUUUACAGCUAUGGCGUCGGGAAAUGGACUUGCUUCUCUGGGUGUCGAGGGAGCGACAGCAGCCGCACAGGCGCUGUCUCUACCAGCUGAGGCUUAUGGGAACGAUCCUCAACUGGAAGUGAUGUGGGCGAUGAAGGCUUACAAUCACGCAGAAAUCUACUUCAAUCUGAUCUCGUCGGUAAACCCCAGUAAUCUGAAGUUGACCACGGUGGAUGACCGGAUCUAUACAUCCUUCAAAGAAUCCUUCUCAGACCUCAACAUUAAGAACUUGGACCCAGACAUGCUCAAAACGGCAGAGGCCAAAGAGAAGUGGCGUCCAUUCUGUAACCAGUUUGACGGAGUGGUGGAGGACUUUAACUAUGGGACUCUGCUACGACUUGACUGUGUGAAGGACUACACAGAGGAAAACACCAUAUUUGCCACCAGGAUCCAGUUCUUUGCCAUCGAGAUCGCUAGGAACAGAGAAGGAUUCAACACCCCUGUUUUCCAGGCUAAAAAGCAGCCUUCGUAAACCCAUACCCAAAAACCCAACCUGCUAUAACCUCUAACCCAGUAACAGAGAAAGUUGUCAGCCCUAUGUACCAGGUAAACACCCUUUAUAAACCCUACCACCACCACCUCUAACACUGAGGUUUUAACAGCCCUGGUUACUAGUGUAAACAUUCCCAGUGCUUGACACACCACCAUCUCCUUACAAACCUUUCCUCUGGUCACCCACCUUGUUGACAAAAUAGGUGGUCUACUGGAAACUCGACCAGUGGCAUGGUCAGCAGGGGUAUAUUCUUUACGUCUUGCAACAGAAAACAUUUAAGAACCAAAUCUAAACAUGGAGGGACCUACCUGAAUUUUUCCGUUUGGAAUAAAUGGUUUGUUGCACAAGUUUUGCAACAAUCUGUGUAAUACACCCCAGGGCACGUUAAGAUAGAUAUGUACAACAAACAAUUCACAGUAUUUCUAUCUGCAACAUUUGCUUACUGAACAUGGCCCAGAAGUCCACUGAACAUGGCCCAGAAGUCCCCCCCUCCUCCCUCCACACACACACACAUCCGACAAGUGUGUGUGUGUGUAUACUGAUGUCUAAACUGAGCAUCGUAGCUAUAUGUAAUUAGCUUUCCUCCUAUUUGUGCCAAGCACUUCUGGGAUUGCGUAUGUCCUUGUACAAAGUUGUAAACGUCUUUCAAAUGGCAUAUAUAUAUAUGACGAGGCCAGUCCGAAGGUAGACACCAAAUGCAGUCGGUUACACUGGGUAAAUCUGAAAGAACACCCUGUUUCUAAUUUAGUGCACAACUGCUAGCCAGAACUCUGGUCAUAAGUGGUUGCACAUUUCAGGCUUCAAACAUAAAAGAUAUAAAACUGUAUUUUUUGGUGACAAAUCAACAAGUGGGACACAAUCAUGAAGUGGAACGACAUUUAUUGGAUAUUUCAAACUUUUUUA